AUGCAGUGGGAGCAAGGAAUGGUGAGCCGGACCGUCAAUAUCACAGCUGGGGAGAACAAGGAGAUAUCUGAAAACCACAAAGAGAUAGAAGAUGUUGAUCACAGCUCCUCUAUUGCUAUAUGUGCAUCACAAAAGGACCAAGAAGUGAGCUCAAGCAUCCAUAAACUUUACGCAAUCAAGGCUUUUUCCUCUGGAUCAAAUCCGAUCGACAAAGCUCACCGAAAGCGUAUCAUCGCUGCAUUUGAUCUAUCGUCUUCUUUGGAUCACCAAAAUAUUGUUCGAACCUUCGACCUACAUGAACUCAGCAACGGCAAUCUUUGCGAGUCUUUCGAACACUGCUCUGGAGGCGAUCUAUAUUCAUUAGUCAUCGCAACGCGUCAACUUGCACAGACCGAGGCCAACUGUUUUUUUAAACAGCUCAUGCACGGUAUCCAUUAUAUCCAUAAAAUGGGCAUUGCUCAUUGUGAUUUGAAGCCAGAGAACAUUCUUCUCAGCUCCAGUGGAUGUCUCAAGAUUUCCAACAUUGGAACCGUUGAAUGUUUCCACCUCGGUAGGGAGGAAAAAGCAACCCUGCCGAAGAAGGAUCGUUGCCCAAACCCUUACGUUCCACCGGAAUGUUAUCUCGGCAGCGAAUUUGAUCCCAAAGCUGUGGACAUCUGGGCUGCCGCCAUGAUUUACAUUGCGAUGAGAACGGGUAGGAUCCCAUGGAAGAUGGCGAAUGACAAGGACGAAUGUUUCAGAGAUUAUAUCAUAGACCGCAUGAUUGGAAGAGUAUAUUUCUUCAUCGAGGACAUAUGCAAUGUAUAUCACUGUUUUCCGUCCAUUUUGAGAGGUGUACUAAUUCUGCGGUCAUAG